CCAAAGAGCAGAUGGAGUCGGAGAAAAUUCUGAUCCUUUGGGGCUGUUUACUCUUGUGGAAUCCACUCAUUCAAUCAACUCAACUUUAUCCUGGGAUUAAAGUGAGGAUUACUCAGAAAGGCCUGGACUAUGGUAUACAGGCUGGCAUGGAAGCAAUUGAGCUGAUAGUGAAGAAAAAUGGUGUUCCUGAUUUCAAAGGCUCUGAAACUCUUGAAUUUUUAAAGGUUGACUAUGUUGACUAUAAUUUUUCAAACAUAAAAAUCAGUACCUUCUCAUUUCCAAAUAUUUCAUUAACCCCUAUGUCUGGAGUUGGAGUUAAAGUAUUAAGCAAUCACGGUUCAACAAACAUCAGCAUGGGAUGGGAAAUAUCAUCUCCACUUUUUAAAGAUGAAGGAGGAGCUGCUCUGUUUCUAGCGGAGAUAUUUUUCUUGGGCCUCGUUAACCUGUCCCGGAGUGACACAGGCCACCCAAGCAUGAAGUUACAAGAUUGCUAUGUUCGAAUUGGGCUUGCCCGCAUCUCAUUUACAGGAGAGCUCAGUGUCCUAUAUAACUCUUUUGCUGAGCCAAUGGAGAAACCCAUUUUGAAGACCUUGAAUAAAAAGCUAUGUCCAAUUAUCACGGACCAGUUAGAAAGUAUAAAUGCCAAUAUUAGUUCUCUGGAUGUUGUAACCAAGUUUGGUGAGGAUAUUCUGCUAGAUUAUUCCCUUUUGGAUUCCCCAGAAAUCACCCCGUCAUCCAUUGACCUGAAUUUGAAGGGCACAUUCUACCCAGUGGGGAAUCUUACCGACCCUCCCUUCCAGCCUGUUCCAUUCACCCUCCCAGACCGCAGUGAUUCCAUGCUUUAUAUUGGAAUCUCGGAGUAUUUCCUUAAGUCGGCAUCCUUCACUUAUUUCAUAACUGGAGCUUUCAAUGUCACCCUGACCACUAAAGAGUUAUCCAAGCAUCUAAUUCAAAACCCCCAGGGCAUUGGAAGUCUGUUUUCUCAGAUUGCAGAACUAUAUAUUAUGGCCCAGCCACUGAUGAUGAGGAUCCUAACCACUGAACCCCCAGUGGUCAAUUUAGAACCAAACAAUUUUACCCUCAACAUCCCUGGAUCUGUCGUGAUGCUGACCAAGCCUGAAAACACCACUGAGGAAGCUAUCGUCUCCAUGGAUUUUGUGGCCAGUACCAGUGUCGGCCUGGCUAUUUUGGGAAAGAAAUUGAUCUGCUCCUUAUCUCUGAACAGGUUCCGUCUCUCUGGGCCAGAGUCUAAUCGUAGCUCUAUUGAGGUCCUGAGAUUUGAGAACAUUUUCUCCUCAAUCCUCCACUUUGGAGUCUUCCCAUUAGUUAAUGCCAGAUUACAGCAAGGCUUCCCACUUCCUAACCCACACCAGAUCUCUUUCGUUAAUUCUGACAUUGAAGUUCACAAGGGUUUCCUCCUGAUUUCCAGUGACUUCAGAUAUGAGCCUUUGUGGAAGAAGCAGCGGCAUCUGGAUGAGUGGUAAGCUCAGAACGCCUCCGAGGAUGCUCCCAGCUCACCCCGCCUGGCUCCUGGACUGAUGGUUCUUAAUAGGAAGAGGAGACAAGUAAUUCCCAGCCUCCACCAAGACUACUGCACCCCCGAGGCUGGCAGACGAGGGAAUCACGGCAACGAGGACUGGAACUGUUUCCUUCCCAGCUUUAAUGGCACUAAAGAAAAAAAGGGUUUUGUUUUGUUUUGUUUUGUUUGGGGGGGGCACAUGUAUGCAUGUGUGUAUGACUACGUAUAAUGAGUGCAUGUAGAUGUCUGUUUCUGGGGCCACAAAGCAGGUUUAUAAGAUGGUGAGAAAGUCUUGAGAAUCCAUCUGUGAGCUGCAAGACUGCCCUUGCUUUGUUCCCACUGCAUUCAGUGUUUUAUAUUUUGUACUUCAUAUUUUAUUCUCCCUUUAUUUAAAUAAAAUCUCUCCUCCCCGUG